AGAGGCGGGGCUGAGGCCUCCUCUGCGCCGCCCGCCAUCUGGGCCUCCCCCCUCUUGGUAUUCUCUUGCCCCCCCCCACCCCGCUUCCACUCAAAGUUUCCCCCCCACGCUUGUGAGGCCAAAUUUCCUGUCCCCUCCCCCCCCCGCCCCUUCCUGGCGCGCGUGCGAGGAACUUUGUGAGGAAAAAGAAGAAGAAAACGGAGAGAGAAGCCAAGGAGGAGCCAUGGCUGACAGAACAGCUUCGCUCCUCUCCGAGUCCGGCUGGUACCUGUCAGAUGAAGGAAUUGAAGCUUGCACAAAUUCGUCUGACAAAGUGAACAUUAAUGAUAUUAUCCUGAUUGCACUUAAUACAGAUUUAAGAGCCAUUGGCAAGAAAUUCCUUCCAAGUGACAUCAAUGGUGGAAAAGUGGAAAAGCUAGAAGGUCCAUGUGUUCUGCAGAUCCAAAAAGUACGCAAUAUAGCUGCACCAAAGGAUAAUGAAGAAUCUCAGGCUGCUCCCAGAAUGCUGCGUUUGCAGAUGACGGAUGGGCACACAAGCUGCACUGCAAUAGAAUAUAAUUACAUGUCAAAAAUCAGCUUGAACACUCCACCUGGAACGAAAAUUAAGCUAUUGGGAAUUGUGGAAGUGAAAAAUGGCUUCCUCCUUCUGGAUGACAGCAACACUGUGAUUCUUGGAGGUGAAGUGGAACAUCUUAUAGAAAAGUGGGAGUUGCAAAGGAGUUUAUCAAAACACAAUCGAAGUAACAUAGGAACAGAAGGUGGACCUCCUCCAUUUGUGCCAUUUGGGCAGAGAUGUGUAUCACAGCUCCAAGUGGAUAGCAGAGAGCUUGAUCGGAGAAAAACUCUGCAAGUGACAAGUGUGACUAAACCUGUUGGAGACAAUGAUGAAUUUGAAAAACAGAGAACAGCUGCUAUUGCAGAAGUAGCAAAAAGCAAGGAGACCAAGACGUUUGGAGGAGGUGGUGGCAGUACUAGAAGCAACCUCAGUGUGAGUGCAGGAGGGAAUCGAAGCAGGGAAGUGUUCCAAAAAGAGAAGAUGAAGCCUGAGGGGAAAAAUGAAGGUGUCUAUCGAGAACUGGUUGAUGAAAAGGCUCUCAAACAUAUAACAGAAAUGGGUUUCAGCAAGGAAGCAGCGAGACAGGCGCUUAUGGAUAAUGGGAACAACCUUGAAGCUUCAUUAAACUUUCUUCUGAGCAGCAAUAAACAGAUGACUGUUCAAGGGCCACCUCCUAAAGGGAAAGGAAAGGGCAGAGGUCGAAUGCGACCUGAAGAUGAGGAGGAACUGGGAAAUGCCAGACCAUCUGCUCCAAGCACAUUGUUUGAUUUUCUAGAGUCUAAAAUGGGUACUCUCACAGUAGAAGAACCAAAAUUACUGAUACCAACACAGCAUCACGGACUACACAGAGUACUCAGUACUGAGCAAAAUGGCAUUAAAACUUAUAACAAUCAAAGACAUGUUCCUCGGAAUGAAACUAGACAGCCAAGGAAUGAGAAGCCACCUCGUUUUCAGAGAGACAGUCAAAAUUCAAGACACAUUGUGGAAGGGAGCGGGUUAUUGAGAGGCAGAACUUCUGAAAGGCAAAAUUCUUUGGGCCCCGAACAAUGGACUGAAGAAAGAAACAAGUGUGAUAGACUUUAUCCUCGAAAAGAUCUUGCAUAUCCAACAGCUGUUCACCCUGGUGACUUUCAUUUCAAGCAGAGAGACAAUGCUGUGCAAAAUAGACAUGGAAAAGUUGCAUCACUGAUGGAAAUGAAAGAGAACUCUGCUGCUCAAGAUCCAGCUGAUAACAAUAAUCAGAAACCAGGGAGUAGGGAAAGCCAGAUGCAUCAUCCUGACAAUUUCUAUGACCUGAAUAGGAAAACACUAAUGCCAACAAAUGAAACUUUCACCAGUUUAAAAAAUGAGCAGCACUUUGGUAUGAGCAUGGAUUACCAAAAUCCUGUUAGAACUGAUCAUUUUAGUUCUAUACCAAAUGGUGAUAUGGAACAUUUUCAGAAAGGAAGGAGAGUUGGACCUAUUAAAUUAUCUGCACCCAACAUGGCCACAUCAUUUGAUGUUAAAAUGUAUUAUGAUACUGGUCCCAAAAAGAGAUCUGGUCCCAUCAAACCAGAAAAAAUGUUGGAACCAUCUAUUUCAGGAGAGUAUGGAAAAAGCUGGCAACCAGGGGAUGAAUGUUUUGCUAUUUACUGGGAAGACAACAAGUUUUAUCGAGCAGAAAUUGAAGCUCUUCAUUCCUCUGGGACAACCGCAGUUGUUAAGUUCUGUGAUUACGGAAACUAUGAAGAGGUGUUACUAAGCAACAUCAGGCCCAUUCAAGCUGACACCUGGGAAGAGGAAGAAAUGGCUUAUGAACAAACUUUAGAAUUUCGCAGAGGUGGCGAUGGUCAACCACGGCGAUCAACACGGCCCACGCAACAGUUUUAUCAACCUCCAAGAGCUAGGAACUGAUACUAGGAAAAUCAAAGCUCUUUGUUGUGGCAAAAGUUCUCAACAUUCUCCUUGGCACUCAAGAACCUUACUUUGCCUGAAGGAUGGGGCGAGAAAGAAGGCUGGUACAAACAGGGAAUGAAGAAUAUAUCCACCAGAGACAUUUUUUAAAGUUACUUCUAUGAUGCUGAACCUUUUACAUAUGAAAAAAGCCAUUGUUAAUAUUGCCAUCAAUAAAAGCCACCAUGUGUUACUCUA